GCCGCCGCCGCCGUCUCCUGCGCGCGUCGUCGUGCCACCGGCCCCCGCCCCCCGGCCCCCGCCCCCGCCCCCCCCCCCCGGCUCCUCGCGGGCACCGCGCGGCGGCAUGAAGGAAGAGGCGGAACGAGACGACCGAUACCAAGGAAGACAAAAAAAAAGACGCCGGAACGGCUGGGCUGCGCGGGCAUCGCCGGGGCGGGCGCAGCGCGACGCCGUACGUGCCACGCGCAGACGCCGGCUUUUGGCAGCGAUCGUCGCGACGAGCUCCCCACGUCCUCCCCGCACGGCGUCGGCAAAAUCCCAGCAGAAGCGGCGGGCGGCCGUCGGAACGAGGCCAACCAACACGCGUCCCGAAAAGGCUCCCAGCACCCGGAGCGCGAACGUCGGACACCAUGGUGAACAGCACUCGGCACAACCCCCAAACGCCUCGGAGAGCCACGGAAAGUUGCACUCAGCUGGUGGGACGGCGGUGGAGCGAUCGCAAGAACACAUCAUGGCUGGUGGUUCACAUCGGCCCAUCAUCAUCAGCAUCCCUCCACGGUACGUAAAACGACUACCACUUCGUGGGAAAGUCAACAGGGGUUGUCAAAUAGAGAAACAUGCCCCGGCCACCACAAUAAUGUGGAGUUUCACCACUGGCCCAGGCCUCUGGUGAAACAGGACGAUCAUCAACUCCAUGGCUUUUGUAUGGUUACAGUUAGACGGCGGAGCAAACCAAACAAAACGAAAAUUACGCAAUAUAAAUCACUAUACGCAAUGGAGACAAUUCAACGAAUCUCUGCGUGGUAAAGUGUGGGGGUUGGGGUGUGAUCAUUCCAGGCCGCGUGACAAUGCUGCCACUGUCGGGCGUGAUGCGAGCGAGGCCGGGCAAACGAGGCCCCGCUCGAACCGAAUGGCCGGCUGAUAGGCCCCAGAGUGCGCGCAAUCAAAAACACAACUCCUGUUCCAUUUAAACCGUCAGAGGCCGCGGGUAAGGGAGAGAGGGGGGCGGAGGGCUGAGUGGAGCGCUCGACUUGGCUGGCUCACACGGAUGAAGAGGGCAAGAGACGCGGGGACCCUGCUUCGCCGUCCGUGGGUUCCAUGAAUCUGCAACUCACGACCCGCUGCGUCGUGAACCGGUUUUGAUAAAAACCCCAAGACUCGCCUCUUAAACGGAGGUCGCGAUGCAUGGACAUUGCGCACCCGUUGCCAACCUGCCCGUGAGAGGUGUGUUUGUGUACUUGUAAAUGUACUUACCUCCUAUGGCGCGCCAGUGCAUCGCACGGAGACAACGCUUGCGUCACGAGACACACACCGGGCCCUCCACAGUCAGAUUUCAAGACGCCUGGCCAGCGUGGAAGAGUAGGCCAAAUACCCUCGAGAAGGGGCCCUUGAGUUCACGCUUCGUCGAGUCUCUUCCGCCUGAAGUGGCAACUAAUUGCGGGGCUUCACCUUUAACAGUGCCGAGGAUGAUGAACAUUGCCGCCGCACCACCCGUAGAAGGCGUGCACCGGUUAUAUAUGGCGCCGAGUCGCACCACGUGGCCGAGUCACGCGUCGCACCACGUGGCCGAGCCACGUGCAAUGCGCCCGGUCUCAUCAGAGCUCGCAGGCUCAGCAGGCUUUGCGCCUGGAUAGCGCUGUGACGGGUGACAGCGCAGUACGUGAAUUUCUGCAGUUCGAUGUCCACAUGUCUAUGCUCCCCUCCUUCACGAAGUAUGACCGGUGUGGUGAAGUAUGGUUAAAUGAACUCGAUGACUUUUAUCGCGUGGGGAAUGCCAGCAUCCAGCAGUGGACGUACUUGUACAUCGCACCACAUGGUGAAAUCAAUGAUGCUCCCUUAAUGCAGAGGAUUACCCGUUAUAUACAUGUACAAUUAUCGCAGAUGAUUCAUGCCAUUAAAUAUUUUUUGUUA